AUGCGGAAUUCCUUCCUGUUCGCUUCGAUUCUCUUUUGCUCGUCCAAAUUUGCAAACUUUAUCGACGGGAAGAUAGUCUCCACUCCUGAUCUGUUUCUGCAAAGCCGACUUUGUAGCUUAGCCCGGAAUUUGGCGAUUAAAGCCAUUGCUGAGGGCAGCAGAUCCAUCGAGACCUUGCAAGCUUUUUACCUGCUAGUCUGCUGGAAGGAUGCAGAUGAUGACGUCUCGUACCUCCACAGCGGUUACGCCUUUCGCAUCCUUCAUGACCUGGACUUGGAAGAAGGUGGUAUUGACGGGCGUCGAAUGACGAGGCAAAAAAGAACGUGGCUUGCGUUGUUUCGGCAGAACAGGCAGCAGAGCCUCUUUUUUCUGCGGAGAGGCUCGUUGAACCAGGGUGAUCAAGAAACACCUCCUCUUGGCGACCUUAAUGUCUGGCUCAGAAUGCCAUACGCUUUGCCGCUUGAUUUUGCUGCUUGUUGCAGUGCCGAUCUACGCUGUAUACAAUAUAGACUGCGUCACUUGGUUCAAAGGAAAUCGCUAGAUAUGCUCCCGUGUCUGGUGGAGCUCAUGGAUGCAGACUUGAGAUCUUGGAGAUUCAAAUGGCUCAAUCAACUUGAAGGCGAAGGACGUCAGCGGCCAGAGGAUAGUCCAAACCUCAAGCAAUUUUUAUCUCCCGGUAGCCAUCAUAUCACAACUCUGAUCAACGUUUGGGAGAGUGGUGUCAGACUCAAUGUGGCUUCUUCCAUAUUCCGCCAAGCUUUGAUGGCUUCUUUGUCCCCAUCCGUGGAUCUCAACAACCCGCCAGCCAGUUCCACAAUGGAACUUGACCUGUCAACUACACAAGAAGUAUCGCUACAGAAUCUGCCAGGGCUGACAAGUAGUGUGGAAGGUGCUUUUGGGACCUUGCGCCAUUUGAUGAACUUUCCGCUGGGCGACCUGAGACUAGCUCCAGAUGCUGUUCUUUUACUCGCCCCAAAUGCAGCAUUAUUCUUAUGCUUGCUUCUUUGUCUCCCAGGAAAUGGCAUCAUUGGUGAAGCCUUCCAGAAGACAGCAGUCGAUCUCAUUCGUGCUAUUGCCCGGCACAUCGGACAAUCUAUACAAUCACCACAAGAUACAGUCGCCCUACAUUCUGCAUACCUGGAAUCGCUGGUAGAACUUUUGAACUCAACCGACCAACAAGAACUUCAAAUGGAACCAGCCUUCGACAUGGCGAACGCAUCUGUGGGCGCGGCUGAAUUGGAAUUUAAUGAUGUGUCGUCACAACCAUCUGAAUUGGCUGAGGGGAUUAGCAUGCACAACUAUAAUGUGGCGCAAAACGAUGCCCUUUUGACUGCUGGUGAUUUCAGCCAGAAUUUGCAUAUGCAAAGUCUGUUUAAUCUGCUGGAUAGUCAUCUCUUCUGGGAAAUGGCCUCUAUGCCCGGUGAUGCGAAUUUCAGCUCGUAG